GCCAAUUUUAAGGAAUCUUACAUGGCUACAUUUUAUGACUAUUUCAAUGAGCAGAAAUACGCAGAUGCAGUAAAAAAUUUUCUAGAUCUGAUUUCAUCUUCAGGAAGAAGAGACCACAAGAGCAUAGAGCAACCUAUAUUGCUUAAGGAAGGGACUCUUAAACUAACAGUAAAGAAAGUUGAUGGUAAUAGUUCAUGCAGGUUCAUGAUCAAGAGAGCACAAGGAAGGAAACGAUUCGGUAUGAAGAACUUCAAGAAGAGAUGGUUUCGCCUGACAAACCAUGAGUUUACCUAUCAGAAAAGCAAAGGUGAUCACCCUCUGUGCAGCAUUCCAAUUGAAAACAUUCUGGCAGUGGAAAGACUGGAGGAGGAAUCCUUUAAAAUGAAAAAUAUGUUCCAGGUGAUCCAGCCUGAAAGAAGAGUCCUGUAUAUCCAAGCUAAUAACUGUGUGGAGGCCAAGGACUGGAUUGACAUCCUCACCAAAGUUAGCCAGUGCAACAAGAAGCGUCUCACGGUCUACCAUCCCUCUGCCUAUCUUAAUGGCCACUGGCUUUGCUGUAAAGCUACUGCAGAUAAUACUCCUGGCUGCACACCCUGCACAGGAGGUCUGCCAGCAAAUAUACAACUGGAUAUAGAUGGAGACAGAGAAACUGAGCGCAUCUACUCUCUUUUCAACUUGUAUAUGCCAAAAUUGGAAAAAAUGCAAG